CACACUUUCUUCUAAACUCCUCAAGAUCUGGCUGCAAACAUAAAACCUGCAGCGAGGGAAAACGGCUUCCUCUUACACGAAAUAGCCAAUCGUAGGAGAGCCCUUCCAGCCAAUCAGAGGCGGGAAAGGCGGGACCUUCCUUCUGACGCCUCUCGCCCUGUUGGUUCAACAGACUACACGUCCCAGCAUGCCCGGAUGCCCCGCGCAUGACAAGUAGAGCGCGGUGUGGAGCGGGCGGCUGCUCGGUGCUGGGUUCAGAGGCCAUGGAGCCCGCGUGGCGUCAGCAAGGCAGGGGGCGUGGCCGCGGUCAUGACGCUCAGGGUCAAAGGUCACGACCCCUGCCGAAGGAGAGAGAGAGGUCAGGAGGUGCUCCUGAACAUCCACAAGCAGGACAGCCGGUCCCGUCCAGGUUUGAGGAGAUCCGAAAGUCCAACCAGGCUGCUGCCAAGCGACUGGUGGAGAGCCACCUCAGCUCCUCGUCCUCCGACGAAGACCAGGAUGGGACGGAUGAUGGAGACACGCAGAGAGGCAGGAUCCUGGAGUCCACCUUUACCUCCUACACCAACCAGACAGGUGGAGAUUCAUCAGGUCUGGUCAAAACCGGUCAGUACCUCACAGACCUGUUCCAGUCUGGAGCUCUCACCUGUCUGAUCUGCAUCGCCUCAGUCAGGAGGACACAGCAGGUGUGGAGCUGCUCCGGCUGUUUCUCUCUCUUCCACCUGCCCUGUAUCCAGAAGUGGGCCAGAGACUCUGCCUUCCUCGUCUCCUCCAUCACUGAUGAAGACUUUGGUCAGAAGCAGCACCCCUGGCCCUGUCCCAAGUGUCGGACAGAAUAUCCUCCCAGUGCCACGCCCAACAGGUACAUGUGCUACUGCGGGAAGCUUCAGGACCCUCCAGCUGAUCCCUGGUUGGUUCCUCACUCCUGUGGUUCCAUCUGCCAGAGAGAACUCAAACCUACCUGUGGACACACCUGUCUGCUGCUCUGCCACCCUGGUCCCUGCCCCCCCUGUCCAAAGAUGGUGUCUGUGUCCUGCAUGUGUGGCAAGGCUAAGCCCCUCCCACGCCGCUGCAGCAACAAGGCCUGGUCAUGUCAGCAGAGGUGUGGGAAGCUGUUAUCCUGUAAGCAGCACACCUGUUCCCAGCCCUGUCACCCAGAGUGCUCUCCAUGUCCCAGAGUCAGCUUUCAGAGGUGUGUGUGUGGACGACAGACCUCAGAGAGACCGUGCUCCAGCCCCCGUUGGACCUGUCAGCAGGUGUGUGGAGCUCCGCUCACCUGUGGCCACCACACCUGUGAGGAGGUGUGUCACCAAGGAAUCUGUCCUCCUUGUCCUCGCUCUAUCAGCAGAUCCUGUCCCUGUGGGAAGACCAAGUCGUCUCUGCCUUGUACAGAGGAAGUGUCUUUGUGUGGCGACACGUGUGACCGCCGUCUGUCCUGCUUGAAGCACACCUGCUCUAUGAGGUGUCACCGAGGGAGCUGCGAGACAUGCAGACAGGAGGUGGAGAAGGAGUGCAGGUGUGGGAAACACAGGAAGUUGAUGCCAUGCCAUAAGGAAUACCUGUGUGACUCCAAGUGUCCGAGGACCAGGAACUGUCAGAGACACCAGUGCAGGAGGAAGUGCUGCCCUGGCACCUGCCCUCCGUGUGAUCAGGUGUGUGCUCGUACUCUGGGAUGUCGUAACCACAAGUGUCCGUCCGUCUGCCACCAAGGUAGCUGCUAUCCCUGUCCAGAGACCGUGGAGGUCACCUGCACCUGUGGAUUUACCGUUCUGACGGUACCUUGUGGUCGUGAGAAGAGCACCAAACCCCCGCGCUGCAAGGAGCCCUGCAGAACCCCCCCCUCCUGUCACCACCAGACCCGGGAGUCUCAUCGGUGCCACCCGGGCCCGUGCCCCCCCUGCACACAGACCUGCCUGCUGCCGCUACCUGGAUGCAGCCAUACCUGUCCUCAGCCCUGCCACGACCUGGUGCUGGUCCGGUCCCAGCAGGUGCAGCUAGCAGGCCCGUGGGAGCAACAAUCAGAACCAGCUUUUGUACAGAAAGCUUUUCCGUGUCCACCGUGCCGAGUCCCCAUCCCAACGUCCUGUUAUGGAGAACAUGAGGUCAGCCCGGUACCGUGUCACCAGCAGGGCCGGUUCUCCUGUGGUCGAGCCUGUGGGCGCCCUCUGUCAUGUGGGAACCACUGCUGCAGCAGGGAGUGUCACCUGGUUACCAAUGGCAACGAGUGUGAGGUGUGUGAGGAGGGAUGCAGUAGGCCCCGCCCUCCGGACUGCCCACACCCCUGUCCCCGCCCCUGUCACCCUGGUGACUGUCCCACCUGCACCCAGAUGAUCCGCCAGCGCUGCCACUGCAGGAUCAGCACGCUCUACGUGGAGUGCACGAAGUUAUCAUCAGCUGAUGAGCAGACCAAAGUUCUACUGGGUUCCUGCAACAACCAGUGUCCUAGACAGCUGAGCUGUGGCCAUCGUUGUAAGCAGGCGUGUCAUCCAGGUGUGUGUGAGGAGAAGUGCCAGCAGAAGGUGAAGGUCAGG